AUGCGACCCCUCACGGCCGAUGCGCUGAACCCUGCAGUCCUGAAUGUGCAGUACGCCGUACGAGGAGAGUUGGCCAUCAGAGCAGAGGAGCUACGAGCGCAGUUGAAGGAGGACAACCAUGGGCUCCCCUUUGACCGAGUAAUUUCAUCGAACAUAGGGAACCCACAGCAAAAAGGACUGGAUCAACCACCCAUCACUUUUACUAGGCAGGUUGCGGCGUUGAUGGAAUGGCCGGCGCUCGCAGAGAUUGCGCCAGAUGCCUUUCCAAAAGACGUGAUUGCUCGGGCAAAAGAGCUGCAGGAGGAGAUCGGCUCAAUAGGCGCGUACUCGCACAGUCAAGGAGUGCCCUUCAUCAGGCAGAAUGUUGCAAAGUUCAUCGAGGAGCGCGACGGGUACCCCUGCGACCCCAACCACAUUUUCCUCACCGGCGGUGCCUCAGCAGGAGUCUCGCUCCUGAUAUCCAUGCUAAUCUCCGAGCCCAACAAGUCCGGUGUCCUGAUCCCCAUACCCCAGUACCCACUCUAUACUGCUACUCUCGCCCAAUUCAGUGGUGUCCCCCUUCCAUACCAUCUUGACGAAGCUGCUGAUUGGGCAACAUCAGUCCACGACAUCGAGGCUGCGAUCGAGAAGGCGCACCGCGAGGGCGUCACCGCUAAAGCACUGGUCAUUAUCAACCCAGGCAACCCCACCGGCGCACUGCUGGACGAGAAGACGCAGGUCGAAUUAGUAAAGCUCUGCGAAAAGUACUCCCUCGUCCUGCUCGCCGAUGAAGUCUACCAGAUCAACCUCCACAAACCAACCACACAUCCGUUCACAUCCUUCAAGAAGAUCGUCUCGCAAAUCCAAUCCCCCGUCCCCCUCGUGUCAUUCCACUCGAUCUCGAAGGGCGUGUCAGGCGAGUGUGGGCGCCGAGGAGGGUACUUUGAGUGCACGAACUUCCCGGUGGACAUCCUUGCACUGAUCUACAAGAUGGUGUCUGUGGGGCUCUGCCCCCCUCUGUCGGGACAGAUCGGUGUCGACUCGAUGGUGCGUCCGCCGCAACCAGGGGACGAGUCGUACGAGCUUUGGAAGAAGGAGACAGACGAGAUCCAUGCUGCACUGGCGCAUCGUACUGGCACGAUGUCACAGCGCCUGAACGCUCUCCCCGGCGUGUCCUGCGUCGAUUCGCCUGGCGCACUUUACCUGUAUCCCCAGAUUCGGCUGUCGGACAAGGCGAUCGAGGCUGCGCGCGAGGCCGGAAAGGAACCGGAUGCGUUCUACGCCCUCCAGCUUCUCCACGACACGGGGAUUUGUGUCGUCCCCGGAAGCGGGUUCGGCCAGAAGGAGGGCGAGUGGCAUUACAGGCUGACAUGCCUUUGCCCCGGCGUGGAUGAAUACGUUGGGCAAUUGGAGGCCUUUCAUGCGAAGUUUGUGGAGAAGUACGGGGCUGCGAAUUGA